AUGGAGUCAAACGUCAGCGGGGCCGCCGUCCGCGGCCGCUCGGCCCCGAAGGACAGGUUGCUGAGCGCCUCGGUCUGGGCGUCGACCUCGCUGAUGUCCCGCGAGUUGGUCACAUGGGACAGGCGCGACGGCGUGUACGGCGAGCGGCUGGAGGAGGAGAGACUUUUGACGCCGCCGGCGGGCGAUCAGCGAUCGGAGCCGCCGGACCGCUCCGGCUGGGUGGAGCGUGAGCGCGAGCGAGAAGGCGGCGUCUCGCUUUGGCUUUUCUUUUUGUGCGAGUCUUUGGUCAUGGUGGUCGUAUGGUGA